AUUCAUUCUGGGAAUAAGGUUCCUAAACUUUGCAGAUUACAAAUAUGAGUGCAGUGAAAAUAAAGACUGAGGUGGAACUAUUCUUGUAUCCAUCGUAAGGUAUUAGGUUUUAUAAUAAUUCAUAAUGAGGAAUUUAAAAUGGUAGUGCUGCUGCUGGGGAGUGAAAAGUGAAGCUGCAAGAGAGGACCCACAGAUGCAUGAAAAUGGAAGGACAUGAUAUCUUUUCAAGUCACUAUGAAGAUUGAAUUGGAUCUGAUAUUCUUUUGGCCCUGUUCAAGAUUCUAUGCCUCACUUGUAUCCUACUCUCACCUGUGUUUCUCUCUCUCUCUCUCUUUUACCCCUCAUAUGCUUAUAAGGCAUCAUCAAACAAAACUCUAGCAUGUGAAACUGGUGAAAACAAGAAGCAACACAGAAGAGAAGUAGUCGGUAGCUGUCUUCUACCAGAUUGCAAAAUUAUACUAUACAGAAUAUAACAGAAUCAUAACUUGCAUUGAAGGAGGAAGCAGAUUUGAAGAGGCAAAUUAGAUCCGUUUCAGCAAAAUGUAUCAUCACCAAAGCCACCAAGGAAAGAACAUUCACAGUUCCGCAAGGAUGUCCAUUCCAUCCGAAAGGCACUUGUUCCUUCAAGGUGCAAACGGCACUGGAGAUUCAGGACUCGUGCUCUCCACUGAUGCUAAGCCAAGACUGAAAUGGACUCCGGACCUACAUGAACGGUUUGUCGAAGCAGUAAACCAAUUGGGUGGAGCAGAAACUACUCCGAAAUCAGUCUUGAAACUUAUGGGAAUUCAAGGAUUAACCUUAUACCACUUAAAGAGCCACCUUCAGAAAUAUAGACUCAGUAAAAACCUCCAUGGACAAGCUAAUAGUGGGAGCAAUAAACUAUCCACAGCAGAUAGAGUACCUGAGAUGAAUGGAACUCACAUGAGCAACCCAACUAUUGCAUCCCAAACAAAAAAUAUGCAUUUAGGCGAAGCAAUACAAAUGCAAAUUGAAGUGCAACGAAGAUUACACGAACAACUGGAGGUACAGCGUCAUUUGCAGUUGCAGAUAGAGGCCCAAGGUAAAUAUUUGCAAGCUGUACUAGAGAAGGCACAGGAAACCCUUGGAAGACAGAACUUGGGAACAAUGGGUCUGGAGGCUGCCAAGGUUCAGUUAUCAGAUUUGGUUUCCAAAGUAUCGACCCAAUGCCUGAAUUCUGCAUUUUCAGGAAUCAAAGAACUGUCAGAUUUGUGCCUGCAGAAAACACAAACAUCUCAGCCAACAGAUUUAUCGACGGACAGCUGCUUAACCUCAUGUGAUGGUUCAAUGAGGGACCAAGAUCAGUAUAAUCCAAUCGGUGUAAAACCUAUAAAUUUUAAAGCACCUACAGAGCCAAGGGUUAACUAUAAUGAGACCAGUCUAGGGAAAUCAGAACUCAGAUGGCCUGAUGACCUGAAAGAGGGGGAAAAUUUUCUUUCAACGGCAAAUGACAGUGUGGAAAAUGCAUUUUUGACAGAAUCCAACUUCAACAGCUUAUCAAUGAGCAUUGGACUUCAGAGCAGUGAAUGGAAUGGUAAUCGCAACUAUCCAGAGAAAGGAUUUAAAGGAGCAGAAGCAGCAGUCAAUUUUUUUAACCAGAGCACCGACAGCAAUAAUAUUAGCAACCCAGAGAAGCAGAAGAUACCACCAGAGUUGAAACUGCCUCUACUAUCAACAAAACUGGACCUCAACACAGAUGAUCAGAACAAUGUUGCUUCACAUUGCAAGCAACUAGAUUUAAAUGGAUUUUGCUGGAGCUGAGAGUCAGCCAAGUUCUGUAUGAGCUACUGCUCCAGAUUUUAAUGAAACCCAAAAAAAAAAAUCAAGAAGAGGUUUGGAUUUUGUCAUAAAAACCUGGUGCCUCGAUUUUGUAAAUUGGGGGAUAAUCAUUCAAAUAACACAACCUCCAUAUCUUCUGGAGCACUGUAACAUUAUGACAUUUAUACAUACACAAUUUUUCAA